AUGGUUGAUUUGAAUGAUUUUGUGGGGGAGGAGGCUGUGGUUGAUUUGUAUGCUUUCGUGGAGGGUGUUGACUGUUUUGCUCAGAUGGAGGAUGAUAACUAUUCUGCUAUCAUGGUGGUGGCGGACCAGCCAACACAAAAGCAUUGUAGCAUGCUUGUGCGACUAACACAAAUGCCUGGAAUGUCUUGUUGUCCUGAAGAACCAGAGGCAAAGAGACAAAAGUUUGAUGAGUCAGGUCGUGUUCGAGAAGAUCGGUUUCUUGCUCCUCCGGUAAUGAUCAAAGUUUCCAUUCCAACAAUGGAUGGAGGGCAAGUCCUUGAGAUGGCAGUGAAAUCCUUAUCGGAAAGCGUGGCCAGUUUGAAGGAGAUAUUAGCUAGGGUGUUACAAAUGCCAACAAACAGACACAAGUUAAAUGGAAAAGCUGGGGUUUUUAAGAACGACAAGUCACUUGCAGAUUACAAUGUAGGAGGAGAAAUCCUAAAACUGUCUCCGCGACCUUCAAGGUGGACGUAG